GUAGGUAAGCAUACUGUUCAGUGCCGGGUGUAUGAUAAACCGGCACAGGGAGAGGGUGUGCACGGAAAUCAGGCAAGAAGUUCGCAUGUGACAAACAGGAGGAGGGGCGGGGAUGCCGCGCUCGCAAACAGCCCCGCCUUACAUCGCCGCUGCCGCUUUACCCAGCAUCUGUCACAGCUGUACUUCGGGGGCGACGUCGAAAGCCCGCCGUCUUUCUGGCGAUCAGACGCCACAUCGGAGGAAGACAUGUCUGAAGUACGGAAAUUUACGAAAAGGCUGAGCAAACCCGGGACAGCUGCGGAGCUCCGGCAAAGCGUAUCGGAGGCGGUGCGAACAUCUCUGAUUGUGGAGCAGCCAAAGAUCAUCGAGCCUUUGGACUAUGAGAAUGUUGUAUUCCAGAAGAAGACCCAGAUCCACAGUGACCCCCACAGAGAAUUGCUGAUAUUUCCUGUGGAUGAUGUCUCGGAGGCUCAAGUGUCCCGAGAGAGAAGGACAAUUAGCCCGUCAGUGCCGCAGAAGGCAGAGGAGGAAGCUCAGAGUCUUUUUGCCAAAGAGUGCAUCAAGAUGUACAACACAGAUUGGCACGUCAUCAACUACAAAUAUGAGGCAUACUCGGGCGAUUUCCGCAUGCUGCCCUGCAAAGGUCUAAAGACGGAGAAGCUGCCGUCACACAUGUUUGAGGUGGAUGAGGAUGCGAAGGAUGAGGAUUCCGCCUCAAUCUGCUCCCAGAAGGGGGGCAUCAUGAAACAAGGCUGGCUACAGAAGGCUAACAUCAACAGCAGCUUGUCUGUCUCCAUGCGGGUGUUCAAGAGAAGAUAUUUCUACCUGUCUCAGCUUCCAGACGGCUCCUACAUUCUCAACUUUUACAAGGAUGAAAAAAACUACAAGGAGACAAAAGGAUCCAUCUACCUGGACUCCUGCAUCGAUGUUGUCCAGUGUCCAAAAAUGCGCCGGAACGGCUUUGAGCUGAAGAUGCAGGACCGCUACAGCCACAUUCUGGCGGCAGAUAGUGAGACAGAGAUGGAGGACUGGGUGAACACACUGAGACAGGCCCUCCAAAGCAAUACUGAGGCUGGUCAGGAGCGGCGCAAUGGGGCCGACAUGCUGGAGCCUGCCCUGGAUGAUGACAGCAGCAGCCAGGGGAAGGUGGAGAGCAUGCUGGAGAGCUUGGGACGCAGUCUGCACCCAGAGCUCAUGAAGUAUGCAAGAGAAACAGACCAGCUGAAUAAAAUCAACAGAAACGAAGGCAGGCCCAAGCUGUUCAUGCUGGACCCUGAAACACAGAGAUUGGACUUCUCCGGCAUCGAGCCAGACGUGAAGCCGUUUGAGGAGCGAGUUGGCCACCGUAUUGUGGUCACCUGUCAUGACCUCACGUUUUCCCUGCAGUGCUCCCUCAACGAGAAUGAUGGUGGAGCCACAAAUGUAGAGCCAUUCUUUGUCAGCCUGGCGCUGUUUGAUGUCUCCAAGGGAUGCAAGAUCUCGGCUGACUUCCACGUGGACUUGAACCCCCCCUGUGUGCGUGAGAUGCUGUCUGAGGGUUUGGUUCAGACCAUCGUGGAGGCAGGCGCUGGGCACUGCAAGGACCUGCCCAUCCUGCAGAGGGCAUCAGAGGCAUUGUUACGCUUUCCAACACAGGGCAUCUUCUCAGUGACUGACCCGCACCCCGACAUCUUCCUAAUGGCGCGCAUUGAGAAGGUGCUGCAGAACAACAUCGCCCACUGUGCUGAGCCUUACAUGAAGACCUCUGACAUGAGCAAGACUGCCCAGAAAGUCCUGAAGGCAGCCAAACAGACAUGUCAGCGGCUGGGCCAGUACAGGAUGCCUUUCGCCUGGGCAGCCAAGCAGGUGUUCAAGGACUCCAAGGGCAGUUUGGAAAAGGACGGAAAGUUCUCCUCCCUAUACCGCCAGGAUAGCAGUAAAAUCUCCACUGAGGACCUCAUUAAACUGCUGGUGGAUAUCAAGAAGCCGGAGAAGAGCAAGCUGCAGGUCAUACCAGGGCAACUGAACAUCACCAUUGAGUGUGUCCCCCCCCAGUUCUCGAAUUCAGUCACAUCCAGCUACGUCCCGGUGCAGCCCUUCAAGGAGACUUGCACAUGCGUCUCUGUGGAAAUAGAGGAGUUUGUGCCCAAUGAAGCUCGCUUCCACUGCCCCUUCACCGUCUACAGGAACAGCCUGUACGUCUACCCACUGCAGCUUAAAUACGACAACCAGAAAGCUUUUGCUAAGGCACGAAACAUUGCGGUCUGUGUGCAAUUCCGAGACUCAGACGACGAGGGCACCAGCCCCCUGAAGUGUAUCUACGGAAAGCCGGGGGAGCCACUUUUCACAGCGAGUGCUUUUGCCGCCGUUCUACAUCACAACCAGAGCCCCGAGUUUUACGAUGAGGUCAAGAUUGAGCUGCCAAUCCACGUGCACAGCAAGCACCAUGUCCUCUUCACAUUCUAUCACAUCAGCUGCGAGAUGAGCACCAAGAAGAGAGAGGGUGUGGAGACCCUGGUGGGAUACUCCUGGGCCCCCCUGCAGAAGGAUGGCUGCGUUCAGUCCUCAGAGCUCCAGCUGCCUGUGGCUGCCAACCUGCCUGCUGGCUACCUGAGCGACAAGACCCAGGACGGCCGAAAGGCUGCACCUGAGAUCAAGUGGGUGGAAAAUGGGAAACCACUGUUUAAAAUGAGGAGCCAUUUAGCAUCAACAAUAUAUACUCAGGACCCACAUCUGCACAGGUUCUUCCAGCACUGCCAGUUGCUGAAGUUUGGUUCUGAGGACAAUCCGGCGGAGCUCGUCAAAUACCUCAAGUGCCUACAUGCCAUGGAGACUCAUGUCGUCCUCAAGUUCCUGCCCACGGUGUUAGUCCAGCUAUUUGAAGUUCUCACCAUGUCCACCAAGGAGACACAGGAGAUAGCUGUCAACUGUACGCGAGUGAUCAUCCACAUUGUCUCACUGUGCCAUGAAGAAGGACUGGAGCACUAUCUUCGCUCGUUUGUCAAGUAUGUGUUCGUGACCAAAAAGGCUGUGGCUGGGAGCUCCGUAACCACACAUGAAGUUCUGGCCAAUUCAAUGGCCUCCAUAUUACAGCAGACUGCAGAUUUCAUCACCUGCAACAAACUGCUUAAGUACUCUUGGUUUUUCUUCGAGGUCAUUGCCAAGUCUAUGGCUCAGUACUUGCAAGUUGAGAACAGGAUAAAGAUGCCACGCGCCCAGCGCUUCCCAGACAGCUUCCACCUGGCCCUGCAGUCCCUACUGCUGUCCAUCCUGCCUCACAUCACCAUCCGCCACCUGGAGGUCCCCGAGGAGGCCCGCUGCAUUAACUUGAGCCUGGCUCAUUUUAUCAAGAGGUGCUUCACCUUUAUGAACCGAGGAUUUGCCUUCAGCCUCGUCAAUGACUACAUGUGUGGUUUCACAAUGAAGGACCCCAAGGCUCUCACAGUGAUGAAGUAUGAUUUCCUACUGACAGUGUGCAACCAUGAGCAUUACAUCCCACUCAAUCUGCCCAUGGCGUUUUCCCGCACCAGACUGCAGAGAAUGCAUGACCAGAACUUGGAGGUCAGCCUGACAGAGGACUAUUGCAGAAACCAUUUCCUGGUGGGACUGCUGCUCAGAGAGGUGGCUGAUGGGUUACAGGGCUGCCCCGAGGUCAGGCAGCUAGCCGUGGCAGUACUCAAGAACCUUAUGGUGAAGCAUGCCCUGGAUGACCGCUACAGUGCUUACAAGAACCAGCAGGCUCGGAUCUGCGUGCUGUACCUGCCAGUGCUGGAGCUGCUCUACCAGAACCUGAAGCAGCUCUCACCCAGGGAACUCACCUCCAACAUGGGGCUGGACUUUGCGGUCUCUAAGGAUGACCUCACGCUGCCCUCUUCUUCAUCUGAGCCCCGCAGGAUCAGUGUGACAGCAGAGCAGGUCUCUGUGGCCCAGAAUGGGCACACGGUGAGGCGGGACGACUCCAGAGGCUCCCUGUACAUGGACACUGUGUCUUUGGACAACAGUGAGCUGCACAGGACUUCGUUCAAGAUGAGCACCUUGUCUCGUAUGGGCCAUCUGGGGCAGUACGAGGUCAAAGGGCUGCUCCUGUGUUUCCUGUACAUCGUCAAAACCGUGUCAGAAGACACACUGCAGGCUUACUGGAACAAGGUCCCCCAUCAAGAUGUCACUAACUUUCUCAGCCUGUUAGAGAUAUGCCUGGUACACUUCAGAUAUGCUGGCAAGAGGAAUAUUGGCAGGGGCCAGGAUGCUUGGGUGUCCAAGAUGUUCUCCCCAGACAGAAAGUCCAAGACCAUGCCAGUCAUGCGCGGUCGCGUGUGCCUCAUGCAGGCCAAAAUCCAGCAGUUCGGUACCUUGGACACCUCCUUCAGCCUGAACCCAGGAGCUGGGCCAAUGGAGGUCGAGAUCAACCACCAGGCCCUCCUAGAGGGGAACCUAUCUACGGAGGUGUGUCUGAUUGUCCUGGAUGUCAUCUCUUUCUUCACUCAGAGUUUCAAGAACCAGCUUUUGGAAAGCGAUGGACACAACCCACUGAUGAAGAAAGUGUUUGACAUCUACCUGAACUUCCUGAAGGUUGGACAGUCAGAGGCCGCCUUCAGGCACGUCUUUGCUUCACUGAGAGGCUUCAUCAGCAAGUUUCCAUUGGCCUUGUUCAAGGGUCGGGUGACACUGUGCGCAGCACUGUGCUACGAGACGCUCAAGUGCUGUGUGUCCAAGCUGAGCUCCCUGCGUGCUGAGGCAGCUGCUCUGCUCUACCUCCUCAUGCGCAACAACUUUGAGUAUACCAAGAGGAAGACCUUCCUGCGCACACACCUGCAGAUCAUCAUCGCCGUCAGCCAGUUGAUCUCAGAUGUGGCUCUGACGGGAAGCUCGCGCUUCCAGGAGUCACUGUCUAUAAUGAGUGUGUGCCCCCCUGACCCGCAGUCGACGACAUUUGCGGCGGAGGUGAAAAGCCUGACCAUGCGCAUUCGCACGGUGCUGAUGGCCACAGCGCAGAUGAAGGAGCACGAGCGCGACCCGGAGAUGCUGCUGGACCUGCAGUACAGCCUGGCCCGCUCCUACGCCAGCACGCCCGAGCUGCGCCGCACCUGGCUGGACAGCAUGGCCCGCGCCCAUGUCAAGAACGGCGACUUCUCCGAGGCUGCCAUGUGUUAUAUCCACAUCGCUGCGCUGGUUGCCGAGUACCUGUACCGGAAGAAAGCGUUCCCUAGUGGCCUGGUGGCCUUUAAGAAGAUCACUGUCAACACUGAGGAGGAAGCGGCCAUGAAGGAAGACACCGGCAUUCAGGACAUCUACUACACUGAGGAAGUGUUGGUGGAGCAUUUGGAGGUGUGUGUGGAUGGGCUGUGGAAAUCCGAGCGAUACGAACUAAUCACCCACAUUGCAAAGCUCAUCAUUCCUGUCUAUGAGAAGCGGCAUGAGUUUGAGAAACUGCGGCGACUGUACGACACAUUGCAGCACGCCUACACCAAGGUCCUGGAGGUCAUGCAGACGCGUCGCAGGCUGCUGGGAACAUUCUUCAGAGUGGCCUUUUAUGGACAGGGCUUUUUUGAGGAAGAGGAUGGGAAGGAGUACAUCUACAAGGAGCCAAAGCUCACUGGCUUAUCUGAAAUCUCCCACCGCCUGCUUGCUCUGUAUGGUGACAAAUUUGGAGUAGAAAAUGUGAAGAUCGUACAGGAUUCCAGUAAGGUAAAUGCCAAGGAGCUGGACUCAAAGUUUGCUUACAUCCAGGUCACUUUCAUGAAGCCUUACUUUGAUGAGAAGGACCUGUCUGAGAGGAAGACAGACUUUGAGAAAAGCCACAACAUUAACCGUUUCGUGUUCGAGACGCCCUACACCCUGUCUGGGAAGAAGCAUGGUGGUGUAGAGGAGCAGUGCAAAAGAAGGACAGUGCUCACAACUGCAAACACCUUUCCCUACGUGAAAAAGAGGAUUGAGGUGGUGGGGGAGAAGCAGGUGGAGUUGAAGCCCAUCGAUGUUGCCAUUGAUGAGAUGCGUGACCGUACGGCUGAGCUGCAGAAGCUCUGCUCCAGCACAGAAGUGGAUAUGAUUCAGCUGCAGCUGAAGCUGCAGGGCUGUGUCAGCGUGCAGGUCAAUGCUGGUCCCAUGGCCUAUGCUCGGGCUUUCCUAGAUGAUGCCAAAUCCAGCCAAUAUAGCACCAAGAAAGUUAAGGAGCUCAAAGAGAUUUUUAGAAGCUUUGUUCAGUCAUGCAGUGUGGCCUUGGACAUCAACGAGUGCUUGAUCAAAGAAGAUCAGUUUGAGUACCACGAGGGCCUCAAAGCUAACUUUAAGGACAUGGUGAAGGAGCUGUCGGACAUCAUCCAUGAACAGAUCCUCCAGGACGACAUGAUGCGUUCUCUUCUGCAGAACUCCUUGCAUGUUUUCCGAGUCAUCAGUGGGACCUCCACUGACCUUAGCUAGCCCUCCUCCUCUGUCCCUCUCUGUGUUCUACAAAUGCAAUGGAGUGAUCACCCUCAUGUUUUAAUCACAUCUCCUGUUAGUGACUCAUGGUGAAGUUCCCAGUGUGAUCAGUCCAUCUUUCUAGAGAACACGCCUCAUCCAGAUGCACUCUUUUCCCCGGCUCCUCUCUGAUUACUUCCCAGAGUACAGUUCAGAUCUGCUGCCUACCUCUAAACUUAAAGAACAUUUGGAAGUGUCAAGGAAGCUGUCCCUAAUGUUCUCCUCAUGAUUGAGUCAUCAAGGACAAAUCCAAUAAGGGGUUGAUGGACCACUAACUGCAACUCAGUGGUUUUCUGAGAGGAGAAUGCCGCCUUCUAAGUUAUCAUUCCUUUAUGGCAAUUUCCUUUGGAUAAAAAAGGGAGAAUGUCUGCAGGAUUUGUGUUUCUGGAAGGCCCAUAUAAUGCCAGUAUAAAUGGACAGUUGGGUGUUUGGGAAGGGCUCUUCUCUUGUUCGCCCCCCUCCACUUCCUGAGCGCACAGGAUAAAACAGAAACAGCAGCACAGUUGCGACAGCCCUGUUGAGCAAGCCACCCAUCAGAUAUAGCUGCCAGUCUCCGCCUGCCAUUAUCAUUCACCUGCAGGAAGCAGGGGAGAAGCUCAGAACCAGGAAUCCACAAGUGGUCACAUGACUGCGUCUCUGGGCAAGGGGAUGGGUGUGGUUAUGUGGUACUUCUGUUUCUGCAAGGCACUAUGUGGUACAACUUAUCUUGCUCGUAAUUGCCAUUAAUGAUGCACUUUUUAAUAGGCUCACUCUAACUGAGCUCGGCACUUGGGCAGGGGCCCAGGCACCCUGCAGACCGCCUGCCAGCUGGCACCUCCCAGAUCCCUCGCUGGCUGUGCAGGGCCACUCAAAUUCUUGUACAUUUUUUCUAAUUAUUUGUCAUUGUCUUAUUUUCCUUUUUUAUAUAUCCUUAUUUUUGUUUCAAUGACAGUGCUUAAAAAAUCAGUUAUUGCCUAUUUAAUAUAUGUUUAUAUAUGAACAGUGAUGGCAUAGUUACAUAUAUUAAAAUGGUUCUUUAUAUGCUCUAAAAGACAUUUGAGUUUUAUAUUUUAUCAAAUAUACCUUGAAUUUUGUUAGGGACUGGUUUGUCCAGAAUCUUUCCUAUCUUACUCAAAAACCAGGUCAUUGAAAUACUGCAAGAAAAUUCACAGAAAAGACAAGAAGUGUUAGUGGUUUUGGCUUUUCUGGAAAUAUGUACACUGCUGCGUCAUAUUAACAUGCAACAUGACAUGAAACUGUCCUGCUUGUACUGGGUAUUGUGGGAAUGUGAUUUACACCCUGCCCACUACCAUAUAGAAAGACAAUAUUUCCCAUCUGUAUAAGAGUUUUGGUCCCAUCAUGCCUUCUGUCCAUUUAUGCACAUAUCUGAUGCCACGAGGUAACAGUUUGUGUCACAUGCUGUUAUACAGUAUUUUUCUGCACUGAAUAAGGAGAAUAUGCAGAUUUAUAUUAUAAAAAACAAGCUGUACAUUUUUAAUGACCUAUUAAACUAUUAAAUCUUGGCCUAGCAUUUCCCAUUAUGUUAUUUGCGUUGUACCUGAGCUGACCUUCUCAUUAAAAAAUAGUAUAAAUAAA